AGUUUCCUGGUUGCCGUGAGCCUGACUCACAACUCACAUUGCCAGCCGCUCACGGGUUCAGUAAGUCAGUAGGAAAAACAUCUCCUCAGAUAAAACAGAUAGCGACAGAGACAAAGGUAAACAAGAAGAUCGGUUCUGCCUUACAGCUUUGAGGCAGACUUUUUCAACUAGAGGAAGUGUGUUAGUGAGUUCGGGAGCAGACAGCGGUACUUGGACUCAGACCAUCGAUUUCCUCACCAUCAGAGCAGGGGAACGGAGAGGGAGACUACUCAGAGAGGGGCAAACUGCACGCCUGCUACACGCUCUCUGGACACCCCACACACCCCUCACGGAGACUAAGCAUGCUGCUGCUGGAAGAGUCGGAGACCUUUACAGACCAGCCUCAUAGCGCUCCCUUCAGCUCGGAGAAUGAAGCGCAGGGAGGGGACUCUGCGAGAUGGCAGUGCACCGCCCCAUCUACCUCACCCUCGGGGGAGACGCCGACCCACCCCUCUCGACCGUCCUCACGGCCCGAGAGCCAAAGCCCCUCGCGGUCCCUGAGGGAAACCAAAAAGAGCUCCCUCUCCUACUCCAACAAACCCGCACACAUGAGGAGGAACAUCAGAAUGCUGUUGAGGGAGCACCAGUUGGAGGCGGUGACCAAAGCUGCCCAGCAGGAGGAGCUAGAGAGGCGGCAGAGGCUGGAGCAGCAGAGGAAGGAAGGGCACUUCCCCGUUCCCCUGCUACCCGAGUACACUCCAGGAGAUCAGAGUGUGUCUGCUAGCGUGGCCGAACGGGACCAUGUGAUAUGCCUGAGCACCAGUUACAGCAGCACUAAUGUCAGCGAGGACGACUCCAAGGCUCUGAUCACAGAAGCACACGCCCCAAAACAAGACGUGAUCGAGCUGAGCUCCGACGAGGACGACGCCCUACAGAUCAGCAGCGAGUCCACCAAUGAGGAGGAGGAGGACCGGUCGGCGGCACCCGAGGCGACCGGCGCCCACGCAAACGACGCUGUGAACCAACCGGACGCCCAGGGGCGUGUCUUGGUCAACCUGAACCACCCAACCGAGGAGGCAGACCUGUUCCUCUCCCCUCAGCUGGCCCGGGUCGUCAAACCUCAUCAGAUCGGUGGGAUCCGUUUCCUCUAUGACAACCUGGUUGAGUCUCUGGAGCGCUAUGAGAGCAGCGGUGGCUUCGGCUGUAUCCUGGCCCACAGCAUGGGCCUGGGCAAGACCCUGCAGGUCAUCUCCUUCAUAGACGUUGUGCUCAGACACACCCAGGCCCACACUGUGCUCGCCAUCGUGCCUGUCAACACGCUACAGAACUGGCUGGCCGAAUUUAACCUCUGGGUCCCGACCUUUGAUGCGCUACCCGUGGACGUGGACCCCACCCAGGUCUCCCCGCGCACCUUCAAGGUCCACAUCCUGAACGACGAGCACAAAACCACGACCACCAGAGCGAAGGUGAUCUCUGACUGGUCGCGGGACGGCGGCGUGCUCCUGAUGGGAUAUGAGAUGUAUCGACUGCUGUCCCUGAAGAAGAGCUUUGUGGCGGGCCGGAAGAAGUCCAAGAAGGCCCAAGGACCGGUGGUCAUUGACCUGGACGAAGAGGACCGGCAUCAGGAGCUCCUCAAAGGCAUAGAGAAGGCCCUGUCUCGCCCCGGCCCGGACAUGGUGAUCUGUGACGAGGGCCACCGCAUUAAGAACUGCCACGCCAGCACCUCGCAGGCCCUGAAGAACAUCCGUACCCGGCGGCGUGUGGUCCUCACGGGAUACCCCCUCCAGAACAACCUGAUAGAGUACUGGUGCAUGGUGGACUUUGUCAGGCCUGACUUCCUGGGCACCAGGCAGGAGUUCAGUAACAUGUUUGAGAGGCCCAUUCUGAACGGGCAGUGUGUGGACAGCACGCCGCAGGACGUCCAACUGAUGAGAUACCGAAGUCAUGUCCUCCAUAGCCUGCUGGAGGGCUUUGUCCAGAGGCGUGGUCACGACGUGUUGAGAGACCAGCUCCCCUCCAAGGAUGAGCACGUGAUACUGGUGCGACUGUCGCCCCUGCAGAGGGCCCUCUACACAGAGUUUAUGAACCGCUUCAGAGAAGCAGGCAACAGCGGCUGGCUCAGCCUCAACCCACUCAAGGCCUUCUGCGUCUGCUGCAAGAUCUGGAACCACACAGACGUGCUGUACGAGGCACUGCAGAAGGAGAAUCUGGCCAAUGAGCAGGACCUGGACCUGGAUGACAUCACCAACAGCCACGCCCGCUGCCCCGCCCCCAACCAGAAGGGCAAGACUCCGGAGGACCCCAACAGCAUCGGAGGGCUGAGUCUCAACGCUCUGCAGGAGAAGGCCAAUCAGGUCAUCACCUACGAAUGGGCGAAGGAGAUCAUGUCUGACUAUAAGCCCGGGAUUUUGGAGAACUCUGCUAAGAUGGUCCUGCUGUUCCACCUGAUCGACGAGAGCGUCAGGAAGGGAGACAAGAUCUUGGUCUUCAGCCAGAGUUUGUCCACCCUCUCGGUCAUCGAGGAGUUCUUGGCCAAGAGGCCCAUACCGGCGGGCAGUGCCAGAGAGGGCCACAACCAAAACUGGCUCCGUAACCACAACUACUACAGACUGGAUGGGAGCACGUCUGCCUCCGAGAGAGAGAGACUCAUCAACCAGUUCAACGACCCGUCCAACACCUCCACUUUGGUCUUUCUGCUUUCCACCAGGGCUGGCUGCCUGGGGGUAAACCUGAUCGGGGCUAACCGCGUGGUGGUUUUCGAUGCCUCCUGGAACCCCUGUCACGACGCCCAGGCUGUGUGUAGAGUAUACCGCUACGGCCAGAAGAAACCCUGCCACAUCUUCCGCCUGGUCUGUGACUUCACCCUGGAGAAGAAGAUCUACGACCGACAGAUCUCCAAGCAGGGCAUGUCUGACCGAGUGGUGGAUGACCUGAACCCCAUGCUGUCGUUCACACGGCGGGAGGUGGAGUCUCUGCUGCACUUUGUGGAGGAGGAGCCUGACGUGUCACAGGUGCAGCUGCAGUCCCGCCAGGAGAUGGAGGCGAGCAUCAGACAGGCCUGCCAGCUCUACCCUCACUUAGUCACCAAGCAACCCUUCCACCACGAUUCUCUCCUGGUGGACCGGCGGGAGAUGAAGCUCACCAAAGCAGAGAAGAAGGCUGCCAAAAAGAGCUACGAGGACGAGAAGCGUGCGUCGGUGCCCUACACGCGGCCCUCUUACGCCCACUACUACCCCGCCAGCGACCAGAGCCUCACCAACAUCCCUGCCUUCAGCCAGCGCAACUGGCGCCCACCCCCUCGCCAAGAUGAGAAGCCCGUGGCCAGCGUCCGCCCCGUUCAGUCAACUCCAAUUCCCAUGUUGCCUCGCCAGGCGUCUCAUGCCUCCGCCUCCACGGCAGACUCUGACUCCAGCUCGGGCUUUCCCGUCAACUACCUGCAGAAGGCAGGCGUCUUCGUCCAGAAGAUCGUCACCACCACAGAUAUCGUGAUACCAGGAACCAACAGUUCAACUGAUGUCAAGGCCAGGAUCAGUGCAGGAGAGAGCAUCCACGUCAUCAGAGGAACUAAAGGGACCUACAUCAGAACCUGUGACGGGAGGAUCUUUGCCAUCCGUGCUGCAAGCAAGCUCAAGGCAGGGGAGGAGAACUCAGCUGUUGCACCCAAAAGUAGCAAUCCCAACUCAACUCUUAACACCCAGAAGGCAUCGGAGGACUCGGCGAACGGCACCAGCGGCUGUGUGACUCGCCCGCUCUCCCCUGACAGCCCCGAGAUCCUGAGCGAGCUCCAGAGGUACACAGCUGCAGCCGGAAACAAGAUCCAGCAGCAGCAGGCCUCCAAGGCUCUGUCUGCAGGAUCCUUGGAGACGGCGCUGGCAGAGAGCACCAAUGGCAGCAGCGUGACCAGCCAUGUCAAGCCCUGGGGAGAGACCACGGCCCAGCCCAACACAGACUCCACGGCCGCCCUGGACCUGAAGGGCACCAAGCGCAAAGCCUCCACCCCGUCUGCCGACGAAUGGGCCAACAACAAGCAGCUGGCCCCCGGCAAGCGCACCUCGGCCCCGUUGCCCCCCCGGGGCUUUCCCUUCACCAGGGGUUACGGCCUCCCGCCCAUGGGCCUCAACCCGGCCAUGCUGGGUUCCAUUGAGCAACCCCUUUUCAUGGGAGCUGGCUCGCCCUACUUCCAGCCCCACAGCCAGAUGGGUGACCCCUGUCUCAUGUUCCCCAUGACCUCUGACCCCUUCGGCCUGGGUGACGGCACCCUAACUAGCUCCUCCUCCAGGUCUUCCUCCUCCACCACUACCAGCUCCUCCUCGGCUGCCUCUGACUCGGCCUCCCUGGCUCCCUUCAUGCUGGGUGCUGGUAUGGCUGGCAUGCUGCCCCCAGAUUUCCCCAUGUCCUACGGCCAGUCCGUGGGCAUGUACCCUAGCUCGCUGCUCCCUGGGGGGCUCCCGGCCGCCACCCCAGGCCCCGCUGGCUCCAGCUUCCUCUCCCACUUCCCCUCCUCUGGCCUGAUGGGGGCGGGGCUGGGUCGCUCUGACGCCCACGGCUCGGCAGAGAACGCUGGUAGUAGCUCAGACAGCGAUGACGAUGAUGUCAUUGAGGUGACUGGACAAUGAGAGCCUCCACCAACCCUUUUUCCCAUCCCAAGUGCAACAUGCACGCCGUUCAGAAAAUGAGUCUGUAUUGGAAUAUAACACAUCUGGACAAAGCAACAAAUCCUUAUGCUGAAUAUCUCAUUUAAAAAGAAGAAAAUAGAAGAACUGAGCACCAGAGAGAACGUAGAUGAAAAGGAAACGGACUUGGGGCUUCCAAAAUGUUCUGUCCUGUCCUUAUUCAAAUCACUGAAGCGACAGCUGGGUUUGAACCUGCAGUGACCCUUAAUCGCCACCAGGGUGUACUGUUUGUUCAGAAGACUGACUAAUUCGCUUGGUUGUCUUCUAAAACUUUUUGCAUUUUUCCAACAGUUGAUGAUAGACUAGGUUAAUAACUAACUGACAGUAGACUAGAGUUAAUCAAUCAAAUUGAGAGACAUAGUUGGUAGUAAUUAUGGUAUGGCACAAAAUAUCUGUUUGACGAUAUUGUUCUUGAUUGUCAUUAUUUUCUACUGAAUAUUAUUUUAUAUGGUAGUCCUACUCUAAAACUGUUUUCAAAAUCAAUUUGAUUUGCUCUUGAAUUAACUGCCAGGACAGAAGUGUUGAGUUUUUUUGAGAAAUUGGAUGACAAUCCGAAAAUGGGCGAGUCGAGACUGAAGUCAAAGAAACCGUUAGGGUCUUUGAUGGGUGAAAAUCUAAAAAGUAAGAACCUUCAACUCAAAGAAUGUACACUUAUUUACGCCUUUAAUGCAGAUCUUUGGGACAGGCGUCACUUUUGGGAAGAUCUGAUUUCCACGUUUUAUGUCAUCUUCUGCAUUUUUCUGAUUUGAUUGCCUUGUCUACCGGUGAUGAUGUGAAAACAUUGCUCUUGCGAAGGGCCAACUGUCCAAAGGGACGGUGAAUUGAAAAUGCCUUGCCUCUGUCUCUGAAUGUUACCCAGUGGGAGUAGAGAAACAGCGAGACGGGCAGUCCUAGGGACCUGGAUCUCACCCAUAGUCUUACUGUAGCUUCUCUAAGUGAUGCAAAUAUGACCUGUGACACCUCUGUGUGUGUGUGUCCCCUUCCCUGUCUGUUUCUGCACUGGGUACCCAAGUGUUCUAGAGUAGAGAACUUGUCUCCUAGUGGCUCGCUCUGUCUCGGUGGAUAGUUUGAACACUUGUUUUCUGCUCCUUUGUCUCAUCUCUGGCAUAUGUGAUUUCAACUGGAAAAACAACCCAGGGUUCAAGGGGUCAUUGUCAAACCAAAAUAAUUUGAGCAAAUUCAAAAAUAGCUGUGCCAAAAAAAAACUUCAAGCACUCUCUCCAGAGAGGAUUAUUCUCUGACGCGACCAAAUGUCACCAACUGCUAUUGGCCUAAAGAAGAGGGUGUCUUUCGAAUUUGGUCACAGAAUGUUAUUACUGACUUUGUUGUGAGCUCAUUGUUAAGGGGGGGGUUAAGUGUGUGAGACCUGGGUCUGUUUAAUUAAUAAACAGCACUUUUCAUUUUCGUUACUUCUGACUCAUUACUUGCAUAGACUUACUGUCUCAAUCCAACCCACUUUGGGAAGAGGGAAGGCCAGCCCACCACCUCCACCAAGUCCCUAGCCUUGAGUCUCUUCAGCAAGAGCUUUAAACUCCAAUUCUUGCAUUUAUUACGAUACCCUCGUAUCAUAAGACUUGUUCUUCUUUUCAUUCAUACCACACUUAAUGUGCUUUUCUUUUUUCAACGUUUUGAAUUUACCAAAUUCAUGUAUUUAUGACAGUGCAUAUUUAUUCAUUCUUAUUUUAAAUGUUUGUACUUUUUUUGUUCUGUUUUUGUUUGUAAGGGGAUUUUUUUUUGUUUUAUGUUCAUUUACUGGAACACGGCAAUUAUUGUGUUCCAUAACUUGAGAAGUGUGAUUUAUUAGACAUCUGACUCAGUGUGUGAGUUUCAGGACCAACCAGUCACGGGCGGUCAAACCACUCAUUAGCAGAGAGAAAAUGUCACCCAGUGCUUUUGUUUUUUGUUCAUAUCAUCCAGAUGUUCAUUUGAAUCUAUAUAUCCUAAUGGCAAAUGAAAGCUAGUUCCCUCAGUUUAAUGUUUUCAGUUGUUGUACCACUCAAUCUUUUUCAUAGCUUUCUACUUGAAUUUCAGUAUUUAUUUAUAAAUCGAUUCAGUCAGCCACCAACUGACUGUCCAGUAAAUUCCAUUUAGUUAAAAGGGAUACUUCGGGAAGUUAGAGGUAGUUUUUGCGCGCCAAUGCUAACUAGCGUUGGCACAAUGACAGGAAGUCUAUGAGUAUGUGCUAGCAUGGUUAGCAAAGCCUGUACAGUACAUAGUUUGUGAAUGGACAUGUAACAAUGGAUGGCUUUAAGAUCUUUUGUAAAUAAAAUAAUGUUUUGAAUGGCAUUUCAAGUUCAUUUACUUUGAUAAAAAAGCAAAUGUUUAAUCACACACUAUCUUAUCUUACACACAGAUCCUCAAGCACUAUCUGAACAUGAGUAACUCUUUCGCUUAACUUUUGGAGGGGACUGAGCAUUGUCUAGAGACCUGUCCAGAGUCAUAUCCAUCAGAUGACAUGACCUAAAAUCAGAUGAAGAGGGCAAAAUUGAGAAUAGCUGUCAGCCUAGAUGACAAUGCAUUUAAAAAAAAAAAAAAGUAGAAACAAACACGUUCGAUCAAAACUGUUAUCUUUACACGGAGACAGGUUUACUGUUUUGUACGUAGAAUGAAUUUAUAGUUGUUGUCUGGUGCUUGCUUUUGGUGUUUACAACAGCUUGGGUGAAAUGAGCUUGUCUGCCAGCCUUCAAGUUGAUAACGUUGACAUGUUGUGACUAUGAAACGGAGGUUCUGUACGUCGACUUCGCCAGUGUAUAUCUUAAAUGACUUAGAAGCCUUAGAUUUUCAUCAUCAGCUAUGCAAGCAGAUUCUGUUCAGUUGUAUCUGGGAACAAGUGCUUUUACGUGUCGUAACAUUGUAAACAAAAAUGUUUAAAAAAGGGAUUCCAUGAUGUCUGCUUUUUCCAGGAAGCUUGGCCACGGUGGACUGGAUGUCACUUGAUGUGUUCACCGCUCUUUGAUGUUGUGAGCUCUGUGUUGCCGUCUGAUCUACAAUGUAAAGUUGUAACGUCUUGGGAAUGGGAGAUGCGGGCAGAGAUCUGGGACUGUCACAACUGCCAUGGUUUUCUCUCCCCGUAUGGGUCCUCUUACAUGACCAAGAUGCGUGGACAUUUGUGUGUUUUUGAAUUGAAGACUCUGUUUGGGUUGCCUAACCUUGGCCUUUUACAUAAACCAACCCUUUACAUAAGUCGAACGUUCACAGGGAUUUGGGUCAUGCAAAUUGUCUCCCUCACCCGCAUCGCACGCUCACAAUUUAACCUCGCAGUACCGGUCGUUUGUCUUUUUGAUUCUGUAAAAGCAGAACUGUUAUUCAGAGAGAUGCAUCAAUAUUCCAUAGAAAACACUAUCCGCGCAGUACAAUUGCGUCCAGUGUUGUGGUUCUUGUUCUCCAUAAGGAAAGUUCCACUGAGGCAUCCCAGAUCCAAGCAGGUCUCAUCUGAGUCUCGAUAAAACAGCCUUUGUCUCGUGUUUGUAUCACUGUAAGUGAACAAGCGCAUUAUAACUCUGCUUACUUUACACAUUGUUUUGGUUUGUUUGCGGGCGUGUCCAUUUGUAUGCCUGUCUUCAGAGGACAACGUGCAAACGCACCAUUGUUCUUUGCCAGUCAAAGGUCCCUCAUGUUUUUUUGGUAGCCAGCCAUUAUCCACUGCAUUUCCUGCCAGUGAGCUAUUCACGUUAUCUUGGUUUGAUAUCAGAUCAGAUUUUGCUGUGCUCUCUCUCUAUCUGUGAUGUUUGAUUCUCAUAGAGUUCUGCUGGCAGAGGGCUUUGUCUUUUUUUUACACCUGAGAAAUGUGAAUUCUUUAGUGUAAUGUUUUUUAUGCCAAUUAAUUACUGAAUAAAAUGAAUGUGUAUGCAGUUA